GCCGGAAGAAAUCUGACGCAAGACAGCGUUCUCGAUUUGCCAGGGGAAAGGAAGGUUGCUGGCCGGCGACGUGGGGCAUGGUGAGAUCGAGACUCUGGCGUCGGCACCAGAGGUGCAAGUGAAGAAAAGAGCGGGGAGCUGCUGUGCACGCGCGCGAGAGCCACAGGGGAAAGGUCUGCUUGCGAGAUGCUGCGGCGGAAACCGACGCGGCUUGAACUGAAGCUGGACGACAUCGAGGAGUUCGACGGCGCCCACAAGGAACUCGAGAGUCGUAGGAAGCGCGAGGAGGUCGACGUGGUGGGAGCCAGCGAUGGUGAGGGUGCACUGGGACUCAACACUGAUCAUAAGAGCCGGGAGCAGAUGAUACAUGACCGAAUUGGCUACAAACCCCAGCCCAAACCAAACAACCGUUCAUCUCAGUUUCGGAACUUUGAGUUCUAGAGCCCA